AUGGCUUCCGAAGAAUUGGUGACUGAGCAAUUUCAAUUUUUCGGUAUAGAAGUACCUAAAGAAGUUAUUAAUAAAUGUGUAAGUUUAUGUGAAGAAUACAACAUCGAUGCUGAAUCUUUUAUUGAACAAUGGAUGGCCUUCACUUUAAAUAACUUAAACGGUUCAGCUCCGAAUUUGGAUAACUUAGACACAUUUGCAAGAAAGGAAUUUUCCAAGCCGGCGGCUAUUCUCUCUAACGUACCUUGUAAAGAAAACGGACAAGUGGGUGCCGGUAGAAGUUUGACUGUUUACGGGGCACCAGCGUCAGUUCAAUCGGAAGACAAUGAAGUUCUAUCGAAUUAUAUGGCAACAACACCAAAGAGAAUUAAAGUGGAAAAUGAAUUACCACAGAAUCAGCAAAAUGAUUUAUGUCCUGCCACAUAUUCACCAACUAUUGGAUCUGGAAAGUAUGCAACGAGGAAUAAUCCGGGAGUGGUAGUCCACUCCUAUGGAGAUGAGAAGUUACUACAAACGAUUGCUGAACCUUGUAGCCCUAACGACAUUUUAAAUUUAACAAUUAAACAAGUUGCUAAUGAUGAUGGUGACACAUAUACAAAAGCAAUGUUUGGCUUUGAGAUGCUUCACGAGAAAGCUAGUACAUUUGACAACUACAUCCGCUACAUAUCUCAGGUUAUUAUAAAAAAGUUUGGAAUCACAGAUGUCACAUCAGUUAGACACAAAACACAGGCGGAAGUAUCAGUUGCAGGUCGUAUAGAGUGUGACGCAGACGCACGACUAAACCCAAAGAGUGUUGUACUGCAAGGAACGUGGGAACAAUCACUCAGUCAAGCGGUACCUGUAGAUUUAGACAAUGUGAAGCAGUAUACUUUAUUUCCUGGACAAACCGUUGUUAUGCGAGGUGUGAAUCCUCGCGGAGAUAAAUUUAUAGCUCACGAAGUGUUCUGUGAUGCUUCUUUGCCAGUAGCAGAUCAUAAAGCGGAUAUGAUGAAUACAUUGAAUGGAAAAAUGUCGUUGGUGAUAGCCGCAGGACCAUAUACAACAUCUGACAAUAUGGCCUAUGAACCUCUCAAGGACCUAAUCACAUACAUAAGCACUUCCAAACCUCACGUAGUUAUAAUGACUGGGCCAUUCCUAGAUAGUGACCACACCAAAAUAAAGGACAACACUAUGGCAGAAACAUACAAAUCAUUUUUUGACAAAUUAGUCGAUAAUUUAGGUGAAUUAAGUAAUUCAAGCCCAUUAACAAAAAUAUAUAUAGUAUCUAGUAGUAAGGACGCUUUUCACGUAAACAUCUACCCCACACCAGCAUACUCCAGUCGGCGAAAACACACCAAUCUUUAUUUCAUACCAGAUCCCUGCACAUUGAACAUCAACGGCGUAAUUGUUGGUGUCACCAGCACAGAUGUCCUGAUGCACAUUAGUCAAGAAGAGAUAUCUUCGGGCAUGGCAGGUGACAAACUGUCGCGACUAGCUGGCCAUGUACUAAUGCAGCAGACGUACUACCCGUUGUGUCCAGCUGCGCCCUCUUUGGCGCUGGACGCCGCAUUGUGGGCGGCGCACGCGCAGAUGUCGACCACACCUCACGUGCUAGUGCUGCCGUCUAACUUCAGAUACUUUGUUAAGGAGGUCAACGGCUGCGUCGUAGUAAAUCCUGAACAUUUAACAAAAGGAACAGGCGGCGGUACAUUCGCGCGCAUCUCAAUAGCGAACGACAACAACUCUCAUAAGAGCAUUGCAGCGCAAAUUGUACGCAUUUAA